AUGCAGUCACACAGCAAGAAACGCGUCUGCUACUACUACGACAGUGAUAUUGGCAAUUACUACUAUGGCCAGGGACAUCCGAUGAAGCCGCACCGCAUACGUAUGACGCACAAUCUGCUGCUCAACUAUGGACUGUACCGGAAGAUGGAAAUUUAUCGUCCACACAAGGCGACGGCGGACGAGAUGACCAAGUUCCACUCGGACGAUUACAUCCGGUUCCUACGCUCGAUCCGUCCGGACAACAUGUCCGAGUACAACAAACACAUGCAGCGAUUCAACGUCGGUGAGGAUUGCCCCGUGUUUGAUGGGCUGUACGAGUUCUGCCAGCUGUCGGCGGGCGGUUCGGUUGCGGCAGCGGUCAAGCUCAACAAGCAGGCGUCGGAAAUCUGCAUCAACUGGGGCGGCGGUUUGCAUCACGCGAAAAAGUCGGAAGCGUCCGGGUUCUGCUACGUGAACGACAUUGUGCUCGGCAUACUGGAGCUGCUCAAGUACCACCAGCGCGUGCUGUACAUCGACAUCGACGUGCACCAUGGGGACGGUGUGGAGGAGGCGUUCUACACGACCGAUCGCGUCAUGACGGUCAGCUUCCACAAGUACGGCGAGUACUUCCCCGGCACGGGCGACCUGCGCGACAUUGGGGCCGGCCGGGGCAAGUACUACGCGGUCAACAUUCCGCUGCGGGACGGCAUGGACGACGAGUCGUACGAUUCGAUCUUCGUGCCGAUCAUCUCGAAGGUGAUGGAAACGUUCCAGCCGUCGGCGGUGGUGCUGCAGUGCGGGGCGGACUCGCUGACCGGCGAUCGGCUCGGGUGCUUCAACCUGACCGUCAAGGGGCACGGCAAGUGCGUGGAGUUCGUGAAGAAGUACAACCUGCCGUUCCUGAUGGUGGGCGGCGGCGGCUACACGAUCCGCAACGUGUCCCGCUGCUGGACGUACGAAACGUCGGUCGCGCUCGGGGUGGAGAUCGCGAACGAGCUGCCGUACAACGACUACUUCGAGUACUUCGGGCCCGACUUUAAGCUGCACAUCAGCCCGAGCAACAUGUCGAACCAGAACACGACCGAGUAUCUGGAGAAGAUUAAGAACCGGCUGUUCGAGAAUUUGCGCAUGCUGCCCCACGCGCCGGGCGUACAGGUGCAGCCGAUCCCGGAGGACGCGAUCAACGACGAGUCGGAGGACGAAGAUAAGGUGGACAAGGACGAGCGGCUGCCGCAGCAGGACAAGGACAAGCGGAUAGUGCCGGAUAACGAGUUUUCUGAUUCGGAGGACGAGGGCGAAGGGGGUCGAAGGGAUAACCGCUCGUUCAAGGGUGGGCAGGGGGCAGGGCAGCAGCAGUCUCGCAAGCGGCCCCGCAUCGAGAAGGACGGCAAGGCGGAGGAGGUGAAAGACGAGAAGGAGGCGAAAAUGGACACCAGCGGCGACAAGGAGGAAACCAAAACGACUGAGGAACCGGCCAAGAAGGAAACGACGGGCGUUGCAUGAUCCACACUCUCCUCCUUUCGCAAGCAGCAGCCACCUCCGCCACCGUAAUAACUCAACCGCCGUUCCCGUCGAUUAUGACUUUCGGCGGCGGUGCAGUGUAGUUGUAAAGUACGGUUUAAGUUAAACGUUUGUUUUUUUUGUUGCAUUUUUGCACUCGAUGGCCCGGUACAGGAAGGUGCGAAAUCCUGUGGAUUCUCAGCGCACAUCGUGUUUGCGCGUGGAUGGUUGAUGGUUGAUGGGGAUGUAGUUUAUUUGUUUAACUAAACUUUGGAAUAAUUUUAACGCGUUUUUGGGAGGGCGAUAAGUGUGAUCGAAUAAGCGAAACAACGGGAAAAGCUUACUAACCAAUACAAAACCAGAAUGGGGGGGAGCAUGAGUGUCGAAUGCAAUUAUACUCUACUGAUCUCAGGAAGGACGAUAGAAACAACAGGAAGAAACAAAACCCAUAGGCAACAAACCCUUGUAACAGAUACAAAAGAAGAAAAAGAAAGCUACAACUCUCCAUUUCUAAAGAAACGAUUUUUUCCCUCCCAAAAUCCCACAAAUCGCGACACAAACAGCAACAAACUAACUCAUUAGAGAAGGUGAAGACACUACAAAUCCAGUUUGAAUGCAAAAACCAAUUAGAAUUACAGUCUGUUC